AUGGAAGAAACUCGUAUUAAGGCAUAUAAGUUUGCCUCUUACGCGGCGAUCACCUUCUCGGUGGUAUCCGUACUGUCUGUAUGCAUUGCCCUGCCGAUGAUCCAUAAUUAUGUCAAUCAAGUGCAAUGGCAGAUGAACAACGAACUCAAGUACUGCCAGGGUUCCGCCAAAGACAUAUGGUCUGAAGUAGGAGCUCUGAAACGUUUUGACGUUGCCAGAAAUCGUACUGCCAGGCAGGCUUAUAACUGUGAUGAAUGUUGCACUGGUGGUGAACCUGGCCCAAAAGGUCCACCUGGACGUCCAGGAAAACCUGGAAAACCAGGUGCGCAAGGACCACCAGGAAAGCCAGGCAAACCAAAUCUUGAGCCGUGUGUUCCAAUUACACCACCACCAUGCAAACCAUGCCCAGCAGGUCCACCUGGCCCGCCUGGUCCACCGGGACCAAUGGGUGACCCAGGACCAGACGGACUUCCAGGUUUAGACGGAGCUGACGGUCCUCCA